ACUUCCCAAAGCUACCAGCAAACAACAAUUACAACCACAGACUAAAUCUCUUAUCCAGUGACACUACCUAAAAAAAAGAAGAGGUGUUGUUGAUUAAGGCAAAAUGAGAUCCAGUCAUCCAGUCCAGUGAGCUGUCUGUUGACCGUUGACCGGUCAGUUAUCGUUGCGCGCGUCCUUGUAGCUCCAGUGCAAGCAAAUCCAGCGGCGGGAUCAGAUCAUCGGAAGGUCGCACGGAAGGAAGCAAGCAAAGGAAGAGGAGCCGGUCAAGAGUCAAAGGGUCAGCGAGGAAGAAAGGAUGGGAGGAGGAAGCAGCUGCGACCACGACCCAGGGCCCCCCUGCCAUACAAAAUACAAAUACUCCAGCUCCAUCCAAAAGGAAACCACACGAGGGACACGCACAGAACCCGCACGCGGAGGAAAGAAGCUUCCUCUUCUUCCUCCCGAUCCCGACAGCCGCGAGUGCGCUCCGCGCGCUAUAUAAUUCCUGCCGCGGCAGCGAACACCCACAGCAAACACUCGCAGCGCUCUCCUUCUUCCUUGCUUACUUCCAUCCAUCCAUCACCAGCUCAACCGGCUCAGGCAGCUAGCGACCAUGUGCCCCGGCCCCCGCAACGCCAUGGCCUGCAACAAGCACGAGCUCCAUCAGCAGCAGCCGUCGGCAUCCCUCCUGGAGCUCGCCGCGGAAGACGACCUCGCGGGCUUCCGCCGCGCCGUCCAGGAGGACAAGCUCUCCUUCGUGGCGGCCUCCUCCUGGUACGGCCCGUCGUCCCCGAAGAAGCAGCAGGGCGCCUGCAGGCGGCUGGCGCUGCAGCUGCGCACGCCGGCCAUGGUGGCCGCGCUCUACGGCAGCACGCAGGUGCUCUCCUACGUGCUCUCCAUGGCGCCCUCCGAGGCCGCGCGCGCCUCCGCCUCCGACGGCGCCACGCCGCUCCAGCUCGCCGCCGCCGGCCGCGCCCCCUCCGCCCCCGCCGCCACGCGCCUCCUCCUCGCCGCCGGCGCCUCCCCUGAUGCCGACACCAUCCUCCUCCUCCCCCCCGAAGCGCCCACCAAGGAAUCAACCAAGAAGAAGGACUACAGCACCGCCCAUGGACACGGCGGCGCCCCGGCUCCGGCUCCGGAGGACAUCAACGCGGGCGUGUUCGGCACGGACGAGUUCCGGAUGUACAGCUUCAAGGUGAACCCGUGCUCCAGGGCCUACACGCACGACUGGACCGAGUGCCCCUUCGCGCACCCGGGCGAGAACGCGCGCCGCCGCGACCCGCGCCGCUACGCCUACAGCUGCGUCCCUUGCCCGGAGUUCCGGUCCGCCGCAUCCUGCCGCAAGGGCGACGCCUGCGAGUACGCGCACGGGGUGUUCGAGUCAUGGCUCCACCCGGCGCAGUACCGGACCAGGCUCUGCAAGGACGAGGUCGGCUGCCCGCGCCGGAUCUGCUUCUUCGCGCACGGCAAACGCCAGCUCCGCCAGGUCAACCCCUCCGCCGCAUCCAUGGCGUCCUCGUCCUCGAAUUCCUCCGGCUCGUCUCCCUCGAGGCCGGUGCUCAAGGCGUCGCUCAGCUCGCGGGAGCUGGAGUUCGACGUGAGCGGCAAGCACAGGCUCUUGUCGGCGCAAUCGGAUUACUCGGACCUCAUUGGGGCCUACGUCCAAGCACUCUCCCUGCAGCAGCAGCAGCAGCAGCAGGCCGGCGGCGACAUCGAUAUGCUCGUCCAGAGGCUUAAUAGUAACAGCAAGCCGCCGCUGGGCAGCUCCUCCCGCGCCGCCGCCUUCGCCAACCGGAGCCAGAGCUUCGUGCACCGCGCCCCGGCUCCCGCUCCGGCCGCGCGCUCCUUCGCGCCCCCGGCGGCGGCGUCCGUGCUCGCCGGCUGGGGCUCGCCGGACGGGAAGCUGGACUGGGGCGUCCACGGCGCGGAGCUGCGCAAGUCCACGUCUUUUGGCAUCGGCAGCAGCAGGCCGCAGGCAACAGCGUCCUGGCUCAAUGACAGCAGCAACGACAUUCUGGCGGCGCGCUGGUCGGACCUGGAGCAGAUGGUGGCCUAAGCUAAUACCCGUAAUACACAUUCACGCUUACAUUUCUAGCUACAGAAAUUACAGUUGUACCCGUAUAUAUAAAUGUGAGAAAAGAGUUAUGGAAUUGAUCGAUUUUUUCGAACUUGUUCUGCCUCGGGGGGAUAACAAUAUGUUGAGAUAAGAAUCAUGGUGUCUUUGAAUUA